AAAUUGUAUUUGGAUUCAGGAACGUCCUUUGAUUCAGAAGCUGAUUACAGUGACGCGUCUGAAGAUGCCAUCAGUCGCCGAGUUAAGAGAACACCUCAAGAAGAAAAAGCAGAAGCGAGACCAUCGCGAGAGCUUCGAAUUAAAACGACUAAAAUCAAGGAGAAAUCUGGUGAAGAAGUGGAAAUCGUUCGUAUCGUAAGUAUUUUUUUAUGA